AUGAGCAGCAACGAGUGCUUCAAAUGUGGGCGUACUGGCCAUUGGGCUCGGGAGUGCCCUACUGGAAUGGGUCGCGGGCGUGGAAUGCGAAGCCGUGGCAGAGGUAUUGUCCCACCCCCAAAGCAUAUUGUACAAAUUGCAAGUAAACAUUAGUUAGUCUCUUUUAACAACUCAUUUGGUAGCCUAGCCACAGCUGCUAGGAAUUAAAUGUAGGUGAAUAAGUAGGUAUGUGGAGGGAGGGACUGAUCACCUAGUCCUUUAGGUUUUGAAAAGAGCCACAGAGGAAGAAAAGUUUUCCUCCAACACAAUAGCGGAAAUGCAAUGGAAGGGGUGAGCAGAGUCAUUCCUUCUCUGCCAGUAUCUCUGGGAGAUGUCAUGAUUGGUUUGGUUUGGUUUUUUAACUGACUGACUGGUUUUUUUGUGGGCUUAUUUACACAGCUGCUUUAAUAUUGUUCCUAUUUACAGUGCAAUAGAGUGAGCAAAAAUAAAUUGGUAUGCUCUUUUUUGUGCCAUUAUGUGGUUUAACUAUGGUACAUGUAGUACCACUACUGAAUUGUUAAAUGGCUUUAUCUUUCUAAAUAGGCUUCCAGUUUAUGUCAUCAUCACUCCCAGACAUCUGUUAUCGCUGUGGUGAAUCUGGUCAUCUUGCCAAGGAUUGUGAUCUUCAGGAGGAUGGUAAGUAUUUCUAAAGUUUGGAUGGGGAGAAACAUUGCCAGUUAAUUAUGGGACGUAACACAAUGUUAAGCACAUAUUCUGCAACUCUCUCCAGGUUUUAUAGUCUUGUUUGUCUCCUUUUUCUUAUUGUGGAAGCCUGCUAUAACUGCGGUAGAGGUGGCCAUAUUGCUAAGGACUGCAAAGAGCCCAAGAGAGAGAGAGAGCAGUGCUGCUACAACUGUGGCAAACCUGGCCACUUGGCUCGCGACUGUGACCAUGCAGAUGAGCAGAAGUGCUAUUCUUGUGGGGAAUUUGGACACAUCCAAAAGGACUGCACCAAAGUGAAAUGCUAUAGGUAAAUCAACAAAUGUGAAUAUUAAUCCCAUUAUGCUGACCUUUAGGUCUCUUAUAAACAAAUUGUGUAUUUACAAUAAAAUAUAUGGGGUUAGUUAACAUUUGGAUUAUUUUUUUUGCAACGGUUUCUACCGUAAUAAAAUUUGUUUAUUGAUUUUCUUUCUGUGUCCCAUUAAAUUAUUUUGUGCUCUUACCAUAGAACUCGUGAUUUGUAACUUCUCAAGUUGCUAAUACCUCAUUGCUCACUUGGGUAAACUCCAAAAAUUUUAGGGUCAACUAGGUUUCAGUAAGGGUAUGACUGUACAAGUGUAGAAUGAGUUUAUUUUGUGAAGAGGCUGAAAACAUGGGACAUAGGAAUCAUGUCUGCAAUGUCCCGAAUACUAUACAGUAGUGUUUCUAUGGAUGUACUUUGUGUGUGGGACUGAAGUUCUGUCCUGUCUGAUUGCAGGUGUGGUGAAACUGGCCAUGUAGCCAUCAACUGCAGCAAGACUAGCGAAGUCAACUGCUAUCGUUGUGGCGAGUCAGGACACCUUGCACGGGAAUGCACAAUUGAGGCUACAGCUUAA